ACAUGUACGAUUAAAAUGGAGGGUGGUAUAUUUAAAAUUAUCUUAAAUGUCAUACAGAAAUGUUAAUAUAGUUAACUCCCAUUGCUUUAUUCUCAAAGUAUGAGGUUUAAAUGUACACAUUUCUUCUCUUAGCUUGAAUCUGACAACAAUAGAUAAAAAGAUAUAUGAUUUUAAUCAACCACCUUAAGAAAACCUUUUUUAAUUUCCAUUUAAAAGGACAUCACUCAAGAUCCCAUAUUUAUUAAAUUUUGUUGUGUACACUCGAUAUUCAAACAUUUCUUAUAGAAUUUUGACAAAACAAUCUCGGCCGUUUCGUUUGAUUGUUGAAUAGUACUUGUCAUUUAUAUGUAAAUAUGUUAUUAAAUCUUUUUACAACUGUGCAUUUGAGAAAAUAAAACUUCAAUAAGUGCUCAGUAGACUGUGGUCUGUAUGUAAACUGUAUGGUUUUAGCACAAAUAUAAAAAAAAUAUUUACAAGUGAAAAAGGACGAGUUUACCGAUAAGAUUAGAAUGGUCUUUAAGUAGAUGUAUGCUCUUGUCAAUGGAUAUGAAUGGGGCUGAAUGUUAAAUUAAAGCGGUAGACAUCUCACUACUCAAAUACAAACCAUAGAAGAUGGCUGAUCAACUUACAGAAGAACAAAUUGCAGAAUAUUAUGAAGCUUUUCGUGCCUUUGACACUGACGGCGACGGCUCUAUCAGUAUACAAGAUCUCGGAACAGUUAUGAUGGCUUUAGGACAGAAUCCUACAAACCAGGAAUUGAAAGAAAUGACACAUGCGUAUGCUGAUCCCGAAAGCAACGGAGAAGAACUCAUAGACUUUCCCGAUUUCUUAUCUUUGGUGGCAAGGACAGUAAAGGAGACAGAUUCCCAUGAAGAACUUCGGGAAGCUUUCAAAGCAUUCGACAAAAAUGGAGAUGAUAUUAUAGAUGCAGAUGAACUCCGCAAAGCAAUGUCAAAUUUGGGAGAACAAUUAAGUGAUGCCGAAAUCGAUGAAAUGAUCAGAGCUGCUGAUAAGGAUGGUGAUGGACAAGUUCACUAUGAAGAAUUCGUUCAUAUGAUGGCCUCAAAAUGAAGAAAAGCCAUAAGGAAUACAGUAGACUUGUGCAAUACGAUUAAACUUUUCUAUUUAUGCAUUCAGAUGAAGUUGUCUAUUAUUAAUAUAGAGAUCACUCAGGAAUAGAUUACCUUAACCUUA